AUGGAACCCCGCGCCCGCGCCGGCAAAAAUGUCGGCAAAAUGAACUUUAACCACAACGAGCUAGCCCAACUCCUCUACGGCCACGGCGACCUCAAAACCCCGCUCCCGGAAACGGUGCGCGUGCUGGACGAGCUGAUAACCGAUUUUAUCCAAGGCGUGGGGUUCGAAGCGACGCGGGCCGCGCACCACGCCGGUCGACAAAAAGUCAAGUUUGAAGAUUUCGAGUUCGCCAUGCGACGCAACCCACGGUUCAUGGGCAAGAUCCAGGAAGUUUUCGAGAAGAAGAAGGAGAUUGAGGCUGCCCGCAAGAACUUUAAUAUUGAGGAUCAGCUGAUGAAGGAUGCGGAUAAGGAGGAGAAAGAGAAGGAGAAGAAGGGGGACAAAGGGGACAAAGAGAAGGGGGGUGAUAAAGAUAAGGGGGAGAAGGGGGAGAAGGGUGGAAAGGAAGGGGGGGAUAAGGCUAAGGGCCCCGGGUCAAGUGUUUCGGGUUCCGGAACAAAGAGGAAGAGACAGCAGCAGAGUGACAUGUUGGAGGACGAGGAGCUGGAUGAGUUGGAUGAUGAUUUGGAUGCUGAGGCGGAUAUUGGCACGGCGUCGAAGAGGAGGUAG